AUGAACACAGUGUGUGUAAUAAUGGCUCACAUCUUAAGAUCUCAUCUGAUAAAUGCUUCAAUGGUACCGAAUCGAAGGAAAAUGCCUCCAUAUCUUGGUGUCAUUAGAAACAGAAUGAUGUCAACUCAGAAAUCCAAAAAGAAGAUGAGAGACUAUUACAGGCUGCUGAAUCUGGAUGAAGGAUGCUCUGCAGAUGAUGUCAGGGAAGCUUUUCAUAAGCUUGCCAAGCAAUACCACCCAGACGGUGGUUCUAGUACAGCGGAUUCAGCAACAUUCAUACAGAUCGAAGAAGCUUAUAGGAAGGUGCUUUCCCACGUGGUAGCACAAGCAAAUGCCGGACAGAAUAAAGUUGAAGAAGCAGAGGAAGAGGAAGAAAAGUUCAAAUAUAAAACACCCCAACACCGACAUUAUUUAAGUUUUGAAGGUAUUGGUUUCGGAAGUCCCAGUCAACGAGAGAAGCAAUAUAGGCAAUUUAGAGCAGACCGUGCAACUGAACAAGUGAUGGAAUAUCAGAAGCAGAAACUACAAAGCCAGUAUUUCAUUGAUAGCGUAAUUGUUAAAGAUGUAAGACAGAGUAAAGAACAAAAGAUAACUCAGGCUAUUGAGCGUUUAGUAGAGGAUCUCAUUCAGGAAUCAAUGGCAAAAGGAGACUUUGACAAUCUCAGUGGGAAGGGAAAACCUCUAAAAAAAUUUUCUGGCUGUUCAUAUAUUGAUCCCAUGACUCACAACCUGAACAGAAUAUUGAUAGAUAAUGGAUACCAACCAGAAUGGAUCCUCAUGCAAAAGGAAAUAAAGGAUACUAUCGAUCAACUCAGAGAGGCAAUUUUAGUGUCAAGGAAAAAACUUGGGAAUCCAAUGACACCAACUGAACAGAAACAGUGGAACCAAGUUUGUGAGCAGUUUCACGAAAACAUCAGGAAACUGAACAAGCGAAUUAAUGAUUUUAAUUUAAUUGUUCCCCUCUUGAGCAGGCAAAAAGUCCAUUUUGAUGCACAGAAAGAAAUUGCCAGAGCCCAGGAAAUAUAUGAAGCCCUUAUAAAAACAAAAGAAGUCACAGAUAAAAACUCAAACAACACUGAUCAGGGAGAAGGGGAGAAAAUACCUGGAGUCAAGACAGGCUUUUUUAACUGGAUGAAUGUGUGGAAAUUUAUUAAAAUCUGA